AUGAUUGAACAAUCGAGAGAGGUAAAUGUAGACGCGGAUGAAGAUGAAUCUGGUGAAUAUGGAAAAGAUGUAUCAGAUAAAUUAGAAGAAUCGAAUGAAGGGGAGAAAGUACGUACUAGUGCUACAAGAAAACGUAAAAAUUACAAAGAGUUAUAUGGAGGAUAUAACGAAUGGAAAAAUAAUAAAAUUGACUUUUCUUAUUAUAUAAAUAUGGAAUCAACAAUUAUAGAACUGCUACUAGAUAACAACCUAGAAUCUUUUCAAAAUGCAGGGAAGUUGUUGUUUGUUGUUUUGUCUGGAUUAUCAAAAAGAUUGUUAUAUUUAAAAAGAAUACUAAAUUUAGUAAAUUUAUUUUUUUAUAAAGGAGGGAAGAAAUUUUAUCAUAGUUACAUGCAUUUGAAAAUACUUUUAUUUAUUUUUAAAAAUAUUAGAUUAAAUUGUAUGGAUGCACGUUUGCACAUUUUUAAUCUUUUAAUGUCUAAUAAUAAUUUAAAACAGUUAGAAAAAUAUAAAUAUAUCUACACACCUAAAGGUCCCUUUUUUACCUAUGUUGAUCAUUUAUAUUAUCAUAUCAAAGAUUUUAUUAUUCUAAUCAGGAAUCUUUUAAUCCAAAUUUCAGUAGAGAAACAAUAUUUAGAAGUUAACCAAUCGAACAAAUCGAAAGAAGAACUCUUAAAUGAAUUAAAAUCAAAUAAAAAAAUAGCAAUGUAUAAAGAAACUGAUGAAGAAAUGUUGAUUCAUUUUUUUAAAUUAUUUAAUUAUGAAUAUUCAAAAUCAUUAGAAAAGUCACUAAAACAUUUAAUAGAACAAUGUACCAGGGUUAACUUACCCAUACAUAGUAUAUAUUUAGAUAUUUAUAUUUUAUACAAUAUAAAAAAUAUAGUAAAACUUUUAGUUGUUAUAGAUCAACUUAUUUGUUCCCUUUAUCCGUACUAUUACUUUUAUGAAUUAAAAUUGAAACUUUUGCUUUUUCAUAUUUAUAACUGUCAACCAGACCUUAUUCUCCAAGCUCCGGUACCACAAGACGUGGCCCCUGAUCCGGUAGCACUUAGGAAGGAGCAGAUGGGUUCAGAAUUGCAGAAAAAGGACACAGACUUGCAAGAGGUCGCAUUGAAUACUUCAUCUUGUGCAAUAAAUCAAAGUAAUGCCAUUUUUUUAAUUAGAAAUGUGAACGUAUUUAAACCUGAAGAAGGCAGCACGCUCCUAUAUGAUGAAUCCUCUGUUGGUAAUGCAAAUUAUCAGUUGAACAAAAAUGAUGAGAGAGAACUAAAAAGAUUACUAAAUCUGAGGAAAAAGGAGAAAGAAAAAACGAAUGAAUAUCUUAAUAGCCUAUAUAGUAGUGACUCGAAUAAGAGUGAUAAUACGGAUUUAAGUGAGCAUGCAGUUCAGAAAAAGUAUUUGGGUGAUAAGCAACUGUCCGAUGAAGAGGAUGAUAAUGAAAAAGAUUUAUAUUUGGAUGAAUUUAUGAAUUUAUACAUUAAUUGCACAGAGGGAAUGGUUCACAGUUUACCUUCUCUUAGUGAAUUACAUGAUAUCCAUCCAUUAAAAGAAUUGAAUGAAAAAAUUAGAAGCAAAAGAAUUCAAAGGAAUAUAAAAGAUAUUGACUUUCCCAUACUGGAAGAUGCAAAGAUGAAUGAUAUAAAGAGUGUAGACAUCAGUGUAAUGGAACAUGAGAAGGAUCUAAUUGAAGGAAAUGAAUUAGAAAAUAACUUGAGUACAAAAGCAAAUGAAGAAAUUGUAAACGAUGAUAUAAAUACAACAAAAAAGGAACAAAAAAAAGAAAAAUUAUCAAAUCUUCCCAAUAUUGAAAAUAUUCAUAAAAAUACAUAUAACGAUAUUACAUACAAUAAAAAUGUUGUUGUUAAUGUUGCUAAAAGUUUAAUGCAUUCAUCAAAUUAUGAUCCAAUAUUUAUAAAACUUUUUUACAUUUAUUUAUUACCUAUCAUUUCCUUUGAAAAAAGAAUCGAAAUAUUUUUAACAUAUUCCUAUUCAAGUUACAAAAUUAUGAAACCAUUAAUUUUUAUCAUCUUUUAUAAUAACUAUAAAUCAACCCAUAUUCUUAGCCUCCUCACACAACAUUUUAGGGAGAAUACCUACUUUUUUCAAAAGUAUAAAAAUACUUAUUUCAAUGGACUUUCCCUAAGAAACAUACCCAAGAGUUAUUUUAUCUUUUCCUUCCUUCUUUCUGUUUUCUUCUAUGAUCACAAAGUUGAAUCCCUCCUCUAUAUCUUCAAGUUGUUUUCCAACUACGAUAGAGACAUAAUUAAUGACCAAAUGCACGAUAUAAAGUAUAAGAAAAUAUAUAAGAAUGUGGUAUUAGAAAAUGACGAAAAAUAUAUGGAACAGAAAAAGAGCAUAAACAUAAUACUUAUAAAAUUUGUUGAAAUAUACAAGGAAAAAUUUGGCACAAAUCUUUGCAAUUAUUUUGAUUUUUAUAGAAUAUUUUUUGUGCUCUUUGCUUCUUGUGUUAAUAUGGAAUAG